CGGGGCCGGAGCCGGAGCCGGAGCCGGAGCUGGAGGCGGGCGAAACCGGAGCGGCCGGGGGCGGCCACGGGGAUGAGCCGGGCCUGGCGGACGCGGCGCCAUCGCAGUCAGAUUGGGCCAAAGGGACUUGAGAGUGAUCCAAGAGGCUUCCCUGGACCUAUGGGACUGAGCUACGCCGCCGUGUUGUGUGGAGAAGGAAGAGGCCCCGCAGAAGGGACUCGUUGAGCCACCCCCGCUCUGCUCCAUGUUGGCUGUGCCCUCAGGCUGGCGCCAUGCCCCCCCCAGCAGAGGUGACGGACCCGUCCCAUGCCCCUGCCGUCCUGCGCCAGCUCAAUGAGCAGCGGCUCCGCGGCCUCUUCUGUGAUGUCACCCUCAUAGCUGGAGACACCAAGUUCCCUGCUCACCGCAGUGUCCUGGCUGCUUCCAGUCCCUUCUUCAGAGAGGCCCUGCUCGCUUCAGCUCCGCUGCCCCUCCCACCAGUUACUGGGGGCCCUGCCCCCAACCCCGCCGCCACCACAGCUGCCUCCUCCUCUUCCUCCUCCUCUUCUUCCUCUUCCUCCUCCUCCUCUUCUUCCUCUUCCUCUUCUUCCUCUUCCUCCUCUUCCCCCCCUCCGGCCUCCCCCCCCACUUCCUCCCCCCCCCGGGUCCUGGAGCUGCCAGGGGUCCCAGCAGCUGCCUUCUCUGAUGUCCUCAACUUCAUCUACAGUGCCCGGCUUGCCCUACCCGGCGGCGGAGGGGACGGGGCAGCGGUGGCGGAGAUCGGAGCCCUGGGGCGGCGUCUGGGCAUCUCGCGCCUGCAGGGCCUGGGGGAGGGAGGCGAUGCCUGGGUACCUCCUGCCCCAGCCGCCAUGGCCGCCUCGCAGCCCGCAGACGAGAGCUUCGGGCCUGGGCCGAGGCCCGCCGGGGAGUGGGAGGGCGACAGGGCUGAGGCCCAGGCCUCUGACUCGCAGGCCCCCCUGUCCCGGCGGCCCCUGCCCUGCCCACGAUGCGGGAAGAGCUUCAUCCAUCCCAAGCGGCUGCAGACCCACGAGGCACAGUGCCGACGGGGGGCCGGCACCCGGGGGUCUGCGGGGCUGGGCUCCGGGGGCUCGGGCCCCAGCGGUCCUGCGGGAGUGGACGCCUCCGCCCUGCCCGCGCCGGUGGGCUUCCGAGGCGGCCCCGAGCACGUGGUGAAGGUGGUGGGCGGCCACGUGCUGUACGUGUGCGCCGCCUGUGAGCGCUCCUACGUGACCCUGUCCAGCCUGAAGCGGCACAGCAACGUGCACUCGUGGCGGCGGAAGUACCCCUGCCGCUACUGCGAGAAGGUGUUCGCGCUGGCGGAGUACCGAACCAAGCACGAGGUGUGGCACACUGGGGAGCGCAGGUACCAGUGCAUCUUCUGCUGGGAGACCUUUGUCACUUAUUAUAACCUGAAGACCCACCAGCGAGCCUUCCAUGGCAUUAGCCCCGGCCUCUUAGCCAGUGAGAAGACACCCAAUGGAGGCUACAAGCCCAAGCUCAAUACCCUCAAGCUGUACCGCCUGCUCCCCAUGCGGGCAGCCAAGCGGCCCUAUAAGACCUACAGCCAGGGAGCCCCCGAGGCUCCCCUCUCUCCAAGCCUCAGCACGCCGGCCCCUGUAGCCAUGCCUGCCAGCCCACCGCCCGGACCCCCGCCUGCCCCCCAGCCCGGACCCCCACCCUCUGUCAUCGCUUUCGCCCGCCCGGCUCCCUCUGUCAUUGUUCACGGGGGCAGUAGCAGUGGUGGAGCAGGGGGUGGGCCGGCCAACACGGGGGGAGCCCAAGCUGCCUCGGUCAUCACUUACACUGCUCCCCCGAGGCCCCCCAAAAAACGUGAGUACCCACCUCCUCCCCCUCAGCCUGCAGCCACGCCAACCAGCCCGGCCACAGCGGGCAGCCCGGCCACCGCCGCGGGGCCGGCCACAGCCACCGAGGAGGCCAAGGGCCGGAACCCACGGGCUGGAAGGACUCUGACCUACACGGCCAAGCCAGCCGGCGGGAUUGGCGGGGGUGGGGGUCCCCCCGCGGGGCCUGGCCGGGGCCCCUCUCAGCUACAGGCUCCACCUCCACUGUGUCAGAUCACGGUGCGGAUCGGCGAGGAGGCCAUUGUCAAGCGCCGCAUCUCAGAGACUGACCUGCGCCCUGGGGAGCUGAGCGGAGAGGAGGUGGAGGAGAGCGAGGAGGAGGACGACGAAGAGGACGAGGACGAGGACGAGGACGAGGACGAGGACGAGGACGAGGAGGAAUCGAGGGCUGGCGGGGAGGACCAGCUCUGGCGGCCCUACUACUCCUACAAGCCCAAGCGCAAGGCCGGGGCGGCGGGCGCGGGCGGCAGCGGGGCCGGCGCGCCGCCCCGGGGCCGCCGGCCGCCCCGCUGGAGACAGAAGCCGGAGCGCAGGAGCUGGGAGGACGCGCCGGCGGCCGAGGGCCCCGCGGGGCGCGCCCGGGCCGAGCGGAGGCACCGCUGCGCGGAUUGCGCCCAGACCUUCGCCAGCCUGAGGAAGCUGCGCAAGCACCAGGAGGCGCACGGCGGCGGCGCGCACGGCGCCCGCGCCGGCCGCAGGCCCUCCAGCCGCUUCGCCUGCCCCCACUGCGCCAAGGUGUGCAAGACGGCGGCCGCCCUGAGCCGCCACGGCCAGAGGCACGCGGCCGAGCGGCCCGGGGGCACCCCCACGCCGGUCAUCGCCUACUCCAAGGGCAGCGCCGGCGCCAGAGCCGGGGAGGUCAAGGAGGAGGCCCCCCAAGAGAUGCAAGUCUCCUCGUCCAGCGGCGAGGCCGGUGGCGGGAGCGCUGCUGCUGCGGAGGGAGCGUCCGAGGCCGCCUCUCUCCAGGACCCUGUCAUCUCAGGGGGUGAGGAGCCCCCGCUGGUGGCAGGAGGGGGCAACUAUGCGUAUCCGCCUGUGCAGGAAUUUCCACUGGCUCUGAUUGGGAGCGGCAGGGAACCUAGCGGUGGGAGGGGGAAAAGUGGCAGCGAGGGGCCCGUGGGGGCCGGGGAGGGGGACCGCGCGGAGGGGUUGGGGUCUGCCAAAGUCACCUUCUACCCAGAGCCCUACCCGCUCGUCUAUGGCCCCCAGCUCCUUGCCGCUUACCCUUACAACUUCAGCAACCUGGCCGCUCUCCCGGUUGCUCUUAACAUGGUCCUACCUGACGAGAAGGGUGGGGGGGCCCUUCCCUUCCUUCCAGGGGUCUUUGGCUACGCAGUCAAUCCUCAAGCAGCACCCCCUACUCCCCCAACCCCACCUCCGCCCACUCUUCCUCCACCAGUCCCUCCUAAGGGAGAAGGGGAAAGGGCAGGGCUUGAGAGAACCCAGAAGGGAGAUGUGGGGUGAGCUCUGGGCCCACCUCCCCCCUUUCACCAGAUGGCACCCUCCCCGAACCCCCUGCCACUACCAGCUCCCUGGCUUCCCUGCCCCUUGGGAGCCCCUCCACACUCUUGUGCAGGGACUUGGGGGCCCCUGGAGCUCAGGGGUCAGGCUGCUUUGUGUGAGAUUGUAGUUUUCCCAUCUCCUGGGAAGGGAUCUUGGGUGGUUCCCCUCUCAGUUCUCCUCCAGGGAAUGGCCUCCAUGAGGGGCAGGGCCAGCUCCCAUCCUUUCUCCAGCCCUUGGGGCAAUUGAGCAAUAUACUUAUAUGAAUCUCUACUCAUGGCCCCCACCAGCUCUGAAUGUCUAACCUACCCUCCUGAUUUGUAAACCCGGGGGGGGGGGGAACCAUCUCUCUCAUCUAGUGACCUCCCCUCAUUCUGAAGCUUUCUCUAAGCCCCUGCCUAGAUGCUUCCUAGCACAUUCCAUUCUUCGUGGCCCAGGGCCUGGACCAGACCAUUGUGAUACCUGAUACCUGCCCAUCUGGAAGCAUGGCUUCCAUUCUUCCCAGGGGUGGGUUUCUGUGUCCCUGUCUCCUUGGCUUCCAUGCCUUUAGAUCUUCCAUAUUCCUCCUCUCCUAGACUCUGGAGAUGGCCUCUUCCAAUCCAGGUCAAGGAGGUGUUGGGGGGAGGGCUACCCAUCUGUUCCACGGCUGAGCACUUUCCCAGCCCAGGGCAGCACUAAUCUUGGCCCUAUCUUGACCCCCAAAUCCAGUGAGCCCCAGAUUCUUCCAAGGCAAAGAGGUGAGUAGAUCACACCUCUUCCUGCCUCUACCUAUGGCCUCUUCUGGGCUAAAUCAGAUUUGGGGGCCAGGAGGAGGGAGCUCCAUAUGGGACGGGGAAGGGAAUCUACUUUCUCCCUGGUUUUGUUUUGUUUUUUUUCCUGAUGGUUUCUCCCAGACUAGACCAAAUAGCCAGAAAAGUGAUGGGGGUUGGAUGGGUGGGUAAGCCCAAGAUUUGCACAUGACCUCCCAUCCUUACCUUUACCUCCAUCUUCCCCAGUGUCGCUUCCCUCACCAUUCACUCCAGGUGGUUUUUGGGGAACCAUCCUACUCCCUUGGUGGGCUUUGGGGUAUCCCCACCAACUUUUCCUCCAGAAUAGCACCUUACACCCCAUCUUUGACUCAGUUCCCCACACCCAAAGAUCCCAGCCUAGGGAUGGGGCGCAGGGACCUUAAACAGUCCCUAAUCCCUAAUUUGCACUAGUUAACCCUGGUCAGGGGUCCGUAUGUUUCCUUCCAGUGGGGGAGUUGAAGAAAUGUUUGCUCCUAAUUCUCUUUGACGACCGGCCGUCCCCACUCUGUGAUUGGAUGAACAUUUCCCAUCCCACCCACCUCCCCCCUCCCAAAAAAAAAAAAACAAACAGCUCACAAGGGGAGAGUCAGUUUGGGGGAGCAAAUCUGAUAAAUGGGAAUUAGAGGAGUGCAGUUUAAAAGGGGGAAAUGCUGCCACCAUUGAGAUGGGAGCUUAAUCCCAGCUACUGUUUUCCGGGGCCAAGAUGGCUGCCCUCUCUCGUGGCUGAAAGGGCAAGAUCAUGGCUUUUGGAGGGAGGUGAGCUUGGGGGAAGGACCAGGAGCAUCCUCCUGCCUCCUCUUACCCUCCUAGUCUACAGGAAGGGGGAGGUUUUUGACAGGCUCCUGAAUGUUAACCACGGAGGAGUGUCAUUCCUUCUCUCCUCCUCUGUCUCUUUGCACUUUUCCUGGUCUUGGCCACAGUCCGAGUGAAAAGUUCCUACUGAAUGUACCAAGUUCCAAUUUUUAAGGGGGUAAAAUGCUUAAAACGGGAAAUGCAAAAAAAAAAAAAAAUCACUAAAAAAAUUCCCACAAAUCUCGUUUCUGGCACUUUAGAAAAACUGCGAAAAAAGAACAUAAUAAAGAAUA